AGUGCUUUGAACUUAAUGAGUGAGCCCCAAGGUGUGUGUGUUGGCGGGGAGGGUUUCAUUCACAACAUAUGUGCUAAUGUGACUUUGUUCCCUGGGUUUCAACAACCUGCCAGGAUGUUCAAACACCCCAAAGCACCCUGGCCUGUGGGUGGGGUCUUUUGCACCUUCCUUGCACCCUCUGACAGUGUCCUCUUGCUCCUAGUUCCGGUGAGGGAGGAGCACUUUCCGAAUUUAGAGGAAUAAAGAAGUCGCGUUUCCAGCUGCCCUGUCUCGCAACAGAUUAAGCAAGAAUAUUUCAAGGCCUGCAGAGAAGACAGUCCCUCAAGCCCUCGAUGAUGACCAGCUGUGCGAAUUUUCCCAGAAAGGGCAUAGGAUGAAGGAGUCACAACACGGAAGCAGUGGCAAGGCUGUGGGCCAGGCUUGGAGUAAAGCACAACAACAGCCCAGUUCUGCAGGCCAGAGACCCAGCAAGCCCCGGACCCUGAGUGCCACUCAGCCAAGGAGCAGUCUGGGGGGUGUCACCGUGAGGCCAAGACACCAACCUGCAGACAUCGUGUGCCCCGAAGCCAAGCCAACACUGGGACCCCGGGCUGUGCCCAUGGGUGCCUCGGCCAGCAAGUUAUUCCUGGAUUUCCAGUCCAUGAAGAUCAUUCACGAGGAUGCUGACCAGGACAGUGCCAGCGACCUGUCAGACUCGGAAAGGGUCCCGGUGGCCCCCUCACCUCUUACCCCGCCUGAGCUGAAUCUCCGAGCCGAAGAGAUCGACCCCUUGAGCUUCGACCUGCCUCUCUGCCAGGGCCAGGGGGAGCCUGAGUACCGGUACCCCGACUUCCUCCCACCCCCACUUAAUUCCUGGGAUCUCCGGGACAUGGCUGAGCUCGGACCCAUGGAGAGCAGAGCGGGUGCUGCCAUGCUGGUCCUGCGGCCUGGAGGUACCCUGGGCCGCUUCGUGGACCGCCUGGUACAGUUGGAGUGGUUACAGGAGCAGACUUUGCAAUGGGAACGUGCCAGGGGCACCAAGGGGAGGGCAACCCCAGGUUCUAGUGCCCCAGGGAGGGGCAAGCAUCUGGCUGCUGCUCUGGCCCGGCCUCACGGGGGGACCUCCAGACUGGACCCUUCCUGCAAGAAAGAUUGGCCUCGGACACCAGACGUGGGUGCCUCUCCUAGCACCCUAGAACCUCACCUCCAGACCCUGGACAUGCCUAUGCGCCGCAGGGCAUGCACCCCAAAGUCAUCAGCUAAUGGUAGGGCAGAGGAAAAGAAAAGGAAGCCAAGUAAAGGGGCCUGUUUUCCACGCUGGGACCUGCCCCGUGGGGGUGUGGGCACAAGUGGGGGCGACAGCAGGCUGGAGAGUAGCGACAACCUCCGGGCCCCCAGACCCCACGUAGGCACCCUAGAUGCUGCGGACUCAAAGGUGCCCAGAGCACAGACGCAUGCCAGUCUCAAGAAAAAGGGAGGCAUGAGCCACAGCAGACAGGCACCUGUAUCCAAUGAGAAGAAACUGAGACCCAACGGGGUGAAACCUACUGCUUCAGGCACUCGGAGAUUCAAAUAACAUGGGCCAGAAUGCACAGUCCCCUUUCCUGGCAGUGCUCUGAGCUCUAAGCAAGCCCAUGUCCAGCGUGCAAAGGUCACAGUCCCUCCCUCAAGUAUCUUCCCUGAGAUCUUCUUGGGAGGGAGCAUGCUAAGCAAAUGAACAUUUCCAGGACUAAUUGGGGCCCAGCGCACUCGAUGACUUGACUGUCAGGUCCCCAAGAGGGGAGAGCCAAGUUCCAAACCCAGGAUGAAGGUGUUGAUGGCACGCAUCUGCCUCCCUGCACACAGACCAGGACACAGACUUCUUCCAAAUGGUGGCUGGGCUGAGGGAAGUGACCCAAUUUUAUGGUAGACAGAAG